CACUUAUUUUAAAAUGGUCUACACUACACUUCACUAAUCAUAUAUUCUGCAAGUAAAUAUUGUGUCUGUGUGUAUAUCAGAUAUAUAUCAGAUUGAAACUGUUCAAGCAAAUCUAUAAUUCAGUGAUCAAUCAUUUAUGCUAAUGUGUGUGUGUGUGUGUGUAUUAUAUAUAUUAACAUGCAGCUAGUGAAAGUAAAAGCUAGUAAAGUUAGUAAAAUAAUAGUUAGAGAAUGUUUCUUGGUGUUGCUGUUUCCUUCUCAAUAACUUAUUUGUUAUCAAAGUCAAUGAUUAACUGUCUCUUUCAUUGUUCUGAGUCAGAGACACUCCUGUUUGCCUGUCCUUUUUUAACGGCAACCUACUUUUUGGUGCAAAGAGUACACUUAUCAAACUAAAAGAGUCAAGAUUAUUAAUGCACAAUUUUUCACAGUACAAUUUAUAUGGAUAUGAAGGUGCUAUUAAUAUCAGUUCUACUAGGAUUUGUCCCUCAUGUCAGAUCGAAAACAGACACCAAUAUAUGUAUUUCUGCAAACGCCAAAACAUGUGGAGAGUGUAUUCAGAUCGAGCCACAGUGUGCGUGGUGCAAAGAUCCUGGUUUCAAACAUUCACGUUGUGAUGACAGAGACUCUCUGGAAAAGGUUGGGUGCACUCCACUCGGCAUAGAAAACCCUCGAGGAACGGUCACCAUUGACAAAAACAAACCCGUCACAAACCGCAAAGUUGAUGGAGGACAGAAUCUGAGGCCUGAUGAGAUCACCCAGAUCCAGCCACAAAAACUCACCCUGAACCUACGAUCAGGUGAAUCACAGAAGUUUACUCUCAAGUUCAAGAGGGCAGAAGAUUAUCCCAUCGAUCUGUACUUCCUGAUGGACCUCAGCGACUCCAUGGACAUAAAUCUUAAAAAUGUCAAGAACCUGGGAACCGAACUUGCCAGGGAGAUGCAGCACAUCACAAAAGACCUGCGGAUAGGUUUUGGUUCAUUCUUGGAGAAACUGGUUAUGCCUUACAUUCUGAUGACACCGAAGUUUCUGAAGAACCCAUGUUUUCCAAGACACUGCUCACCACCUUUCAGCUACAAAAAUGUCCUUAAUUUGACUGACGAUGGUGCAUUGUUCACCCAAGAGGUCAGCAAGCAGCAAACCUCUGGAAACCUGGACUUUCCAGAGGCAGGAUUGGAUGCAAUCAUGCAAGCUGCUGUCUGCACGGAAGUGAUCGGCUGGAGGAAUGUUACUCGCCUCCUUGUGUUCUCCACGGAUGCUGGAUUCCAUUUUGCUGGAGAUGGAAAACUGGGUGGCAUUGUUCGACCAAAUGAUGGGAAAUGCCAUCUGGAGAAUAAUAUGUACACCAUGAGCAAUUACUUUGACUACCCCUCCAUCUCUCAGCUGGUAGACACACUGAGUGACAACAACAUUCAGACCAUCUUUGCUGUGACACAGCAAUUCAGAGAUCUUUAUCAGGAGCUUUCUGCUCUAAUCCCUAAAUCAGCAGUGGGGACACUGUCUACCAACUCUUCCAAUGUCAUCCAGCUCAUCAUUGAUGCAUAUAAUUCUUUGUCCUCAGAGGUCAUUCUGGAGAACAGUAGGCUCCCCGAAAAUGUGUCCAUCUCCUACAUCUCCCACUGCAAGAAUGGAGUGAGUCAAGAAGGAGAAAAUGGGAGAAAGUGCUCUGACAUCUCCAUCGGGGACGAGGUGAUGUUUGACAUAGAAAUCAUGGCUAAGGGCUGUCCAUCUAAAGGUAAAUCAGAGACUAUAAAGAUCAACCCGCUGGGCUUCAGCGAGAAGGUGGAGAUCGUCCUCAACUUCAUCUGCGAAUGUGAGUGUCGUAAAGAAGGAAUCCAAAACAGUCCCGAGUGUAGUGAUGGCAAUGGAACUCUGGAGUGUGGAAUAUGCAGGUGUAAUCAAGGCCGAUUAGGCAGAUUCUGUGAGUGCAGCCAAGACGAGGUCCCAACUGACGAUCUGGACGCGAAAUGCCGCAUGGAUAACAAAUUGGAUAUCUGCAGCAACAAUGGAGAAUGUGUCUGUGGAACAUGCGAGUGCAAGAAAAGAGAAAACCCAGAGGAGAUAUACAGCGGAAAGUUCUGUGAGUGUGACAACUUCAGCUGUGACCGCUCCAACAACCAGCUCUGCGGAGGUCAUGGCCGGUGUGAGUGCAAAAAGUGUAUCUGUGACGCUAACUACACCGGAAGUGCUUGCGACUGCUCAUUGGACACCUCAACCUGCCUGGCCAGUAACAAGCUGAUCUGUAACGGUCGGGGCAUCUGUGAGUGCAGCGUGUGUAAAUGUACCGACCAAAAAUUUGAAGGUCCAACCUGUGAAAUCUGCCCAAACUGCUCCAGAAUUUGCAAUCAACACAAGGACUGUGUUGAGUGCAGACAAUUUCACACGGGUAGCAAGAAACAAACAUGUGAGGAAGACUGUAGAUCCUUCAAUAUUACAUUAGUGAAGACUAAGGAGGAACUUCCUCAGCCGAAUGGCCAGCCCAUCAAUACAUGCAAAGAGCACGACGUUGACGACUGCUGGUUCUUCUUCACCUACACAACCAAAAACGAUGACAGCUUCGAUGUCUUUGUGGCUGACAUAAAGGAGUGUCCCUCUGGCCCUGAUAUCAUCCCCAUUGUGGCGGGUGUGGUCACAGGAAUCGUUCUGAUUGGUUUAGCACUUCUGCUCAUCUGGAAGCUGCUCAUGAUUAUUCAUGACCGCAGAGAGUUCACCAAGUUCGAGAAAGAGAAGAUGAAUGCCAAAUGGGACACAGGUGAAAACCCCAUCUACAAGAGUGCUGUGACAACUGUGGUGAACCCCAAAUAUGAGGGAAAAUUAUAGAUCUUAAGGAUGGCUUGGAGCAAUGGUUCCCAACCGGUCUUUGCUUCAUCGCCCAUAUUUUGCAUUGGUGACCUAAUACAGUAUCAUAAAGUGUAUUUAAUGUAAUCAGGGGCGUGUUGUGACAUUGGACAAAAACACCUUUUUGGAUGCCAACAACAAUUUUAUCAACGCUUUCAAAUUUUGAUAAACUAUUUAUUUUGUGGUUUUAGUGUUUGCCUUCUGUCCAUUACCCAGUCAAAUGCAUUUUUUGAGUCCUAGCCUACCAGUUGAGAACUGAAUUGUAAGCUAGUUUCCCAUUGCUUAAUUAUAUUUUUUUCUAUUUUGCAGUGUUAACAUGUAAAUAUUAAACUCCUCAUUUGAGAAGUCACAACAAGAUUCACCAAUGAUUAUUAUUUUUGAAUACUUUAUAUAAAGCCAAUGAAACAGUGCUGGGGUUAUUAAAUAAAUUCUUGACAGGCUGGUUGUGUGGAUGACAUUUGUUUCUCCAUAGCCAGUGGUUGUUUGUAUUUGGGGGAGGGGCGUUCUCAUGCUAGAGAACAUUUGAUUGGACAAAACUCUGUGUGGUGCAAGAUGAGUCAUCAAUGUUUUUGUUUUCCCAAUUCCCAAAACUGUAAAAAAAAAAAAAAAAAAGUUGUUCACAUGGAUAAUAGCUACAUUCUCAAGUAAAAAUGUACAAGGAAUGUAAGUUAUAAGGGACACCUUUAGACCUUGUUUACCCCUAAAGGAUGCAUACAAGUAUCUUUGUAACAAAAGUUACGGCCUCAGUGGCGUAUUUUGUACCUAUUUCUGACUUUAAAGUUUUAAAAAAUAAACACACAAAGACUUUU